AACGUUGAACUUAAAAAACCAAAAACAAGCAGUUUGCAGUGGUGGUGUCGCAAGAUUUGACUUUUUGACGUAAAUUAUUCGUGUAGUAAAUAUGGCUGACGAACUCAAUGUUGACAGUCUAAUUCACAGACUUUUAGAAGUUCGAGGAUGCAGGCCUGGAAAGACGGUACAGAUGUCGGAGUCAGAGGUGCGGGGCCUUUGCACCAAGUCCAGAGAGAUAUUCCUGCAACAGCCGAUACUACUGGAAUUGGAAGCACCGCUCAAAAUUUGUGGUGAUAUACAUGGUCAGUACACGGAUUUACUACGUCUGUUCGAAUAUGGCGGCUUCCCCCCUGAAGCUAACUAUCUAUUCCUGGGAGAUUACGUGGAUCGCGGCAAGCAGUCCCUUGAGACCAUUUGCCUUCUGCUCGCUUAUAAAAUCAAGUAUCCUGAGAACUUCUUCCUUCUCAGAGGCAAUCACGAAUGUGCUAGCAUAAAUCGCAUUUAUGGUUUCUACGACGAGUGCAAACGCCGAUACAAUAUCAAGCUGUGGAAGACAUUCACGGACUGCUUCAAUUGCUUGCCAAUAGCUGCUAUCAUUGAUGAGAAGAUUUUCUGCUGCCAUGGCGGUCUUUCUCCAGAUCUACAGGGCAUGGAGCAGAUCAGGCGAAUAAUGCGACCCACUGAUGUGCCUGACACAGGACUGCUCUGCGACCUACUAUGGUCAGAUCCAGACAAAGACGUACAGGGUUGGGGAGAGAAUGACCGCGGCGUGUCCUUCACAUUCGGUCCGGAUGUUGUCAGUAAAUUCCUCAACAGACAUGACUUGGACUUGAUUUGUCGGGCUCACCAGGUAGUGGAAGAUGGAUACGAGUUCUUUGCAAAGCGACAGCUGGUGACACUGUUUUCUGCGCCAAACUACUGCGGCGAGUUCGAUAAUGCUGGUGGAAUGAUGUCUGUAGAUGAAACACUCAUGUGUUCUUUCCAGAUUCUAAAACCAUCUGAGAAGAAGGCAAAAUACCAGUACAACGGCAUAAACAGUGGGAGGCCAGCCACACCUCAACGAUCACCACCCAAGAAGAAAUAACUGACGUUUGGGAUCCAGUGUGCUGCACAGUGAGAGGAAUGCUACAAAUAAUUAAUUAUAUCAUGUAUUAUAAUUAUUAUGUUUAGUAUGGUCAUUAGACAUAGCCGAAUAAUAUGUCGCGUAUUGUUAAAAUUUAUUUAUCGAUUUGCUUGUGCCUUCUUAUUUUUAAUUUUUAUUAUUAAUGUGAGUGAUAUUAAUUUAUGAAUUUAGUUCUACAGAUUGUAUUGAGCUGACAUUAUCUAUUCGGCGAUGCCUUGGUGACUAUUGCUUUUUCGAUCCCUGAUUAUAAGGCAGCCCUUGAAGUGGUAUUGUACCCUGUUGUGUUAUUGUCACAUGUUGAUGUUGUAGUAAAUCGUUUCGUUAAUUUUACAAAUGUUUGAGGUGGCAAGCGAUCUUAAAGAUGCGGGCAUUGGAGACGAAAGCGUCAUUACAUUUCAUAUUACCUAUUUAUUAAGUUGUAGUGGAUCGAAAGCACAUUCGCUUGGUUUAUUCUGUAACUAAUGUGCCUAUAAAUGUAAAUUAUAUAUAGGUCUCGAGUAAGUGACGAUAAUUGGUUAAUUUGAAAUUUCUAGUUUAUUGGAUUAGGCAAAAUUAUAUGAAUGAUCGUCCAUGGAACUUCAUCCUUCAUUUUUUUUUUGUUAUUGUAGUGUUUUUUUCUGUAAUCCUAUUGUGGAGCUGGCCUAAGACAUGAUAUUAACCUUCACCUUGUCAUAGCAAUAAGUGUUUUUCUGUUCUAGGACUCCAUUGCAAUCAUUAAUGUGAAGGGAGUGAAGUACCCAGUGAAAUUAAUGUUAUUUUGCACUCAGUAUUAUUCUUACCGAUUAAGUAGAUGUUUCAAAAUUCGAUGAAUGUUCAACAUGAUCUCCCUACUGAGGCUUCCCCACAAAGUUAACUGUUAAGUCUCAAAUGAAUUGAUAUAAUUUAUAAAAUGUGGUAGAAGCAGUGUAGUCCUCGCAACAAUAGUGCAAUUGCUGUAUUAUUACUGUUAUAUUAUAAAAUUAUAUGCAGGUUUUGCAUUGUACAAUUUUAUUUUUUAGCUAUGUAUGAUUUUCAUUAAUAAAUAUCACUAUUUAAACUAAGAGGUUUAUUUUUAUUUUCAUUUUGGUUUGCAUUUACAAAAUGUAUUUUUGUUUAAAACUAACACUUUAUGUAUCUACUAAGUAAAUGUGACUUAAUCUAUUUCAUACUUUUACAUCACUAGAUGCUUUAUUAAAUUUGUUGUUAAUAGAAGAUAAUUAUGUUGCUCUAAAGUAAAUCUGUUCUUAUUUUAACUAUACUGAUUACUGUAUAAUAAUUAGCUGGUACAGAUAGCAGCAACAUUAGAAAUUAUGUAAUUUACUGUCAAUGUCACUUAAUAUUUAAUGUUUCAUUCUAUUUUCAUCUACACUCUUAGAGAAAGAUAAUUUUUUAAAGCAAUUGAGUUUCAAAUUAUAUAACUUAUUAUAAAUUUUGUUGUACUUUUUCUCAAGUGUGUACAAUUUUCUGAAAUAUAAAUUUUAUUCAAAUAA